AGUGCAGCGUGUAUAAAUCACAUCAACACACACAGCAGAGACGCGCGCGGGAAGAAGAAAAGGGCGUUUCUGUGUGUGGGGGGUGGAAAGGCCGUAUGGAGAGACUUCGCUCUCCGACCACGGAGCUGAGUAGGGGUCUGGGCGCCCUACGCCUGGGCCAGCAAUCCCUUACGCCUCCUAAAUGCGGGGAGGAGAGUGAUGAUGGACAAGCAGUUUCAAACGCUGACUUCACUCCACUCUCUAUGAGGGAACGCCACGUGGAGAUCGACACUCAAAAUACCCACCAAACUCCAAAUGAACAAUUCUCAUCACGUUACCAAGAACCCGGACAUGCAUCUGGCUUUUCUAGGUUUUGCGACAACGCCGGGAAGCGACCUCCCUUGGUCUUUUCCCAUUUGGAGCACACCCCUGUCGCUGGAGACAGCGACUGUGUCCCAUUCCAAGGUGGUGUGGAACAGAACCAGCAUCACUGCCUCUCGUGUUGCGCGAGAAGAACGAGUGAAGCAAGUGCUGUUCACGGAAGUGGUUGGGAACAAGAUGGUCAACUGCUCACUCAGUUACAAUCACUGACAGUAUCGCCUAGCUCAGGUAUAGGGAGAAUGCGGGAAGAAGAUGGAGCUGCCCCUCAAUUAUUCGGACAUGAUUAUCUCCAGAGAGGCACUGAGUCGUCGGAGAGUGGUUGUGCCUGUGGAGGCCACACCCCACAGUGGGCGUGGUCUCGUGGUUGUCACGGCAACUGUCGCGACGAGGCCCUGGGGGUGGGGUAUGUUGACGAUGUCACAGUGGAGGACCUGGCUGGGUACUUUGACCAGAUGCUGCAUCUACCGAGACCAAUGUCUGAUAUGGCUCAGCUCAUGUACACCUGACUAAAUACUAAUAAUUGUCACUGAAUUUGGUUUCAUAAUUGUUCCCCAAUAAUUAGGAACAUAAUGUAUUCUGCGAUGAAGUGCUGGCUGAUUUCGUUGAGAUGGAAGCUGAUUACA